GCAAGAAGGAGAGCCUUCUUUUCGUCAUUGUACUUCCUGAAAGGGAACAAUCAUCUCGUGAUCCAGCAAGUAUAAGUACUUUCCCACCCUUAUUUUCUCUUCAGCAUCUCUUUGUCAUCCCAUCAAUAUCAACGCACUACUCUUAUCAUCAAAAUGUCAGCACCCAAUUCUCUUUCGAACAUCAACGCAGGAGGCGCGCCCUCGACCGCGACCUCGACAGGAUCAUCAAUUCCGGGAUCGAACCAACACGUUUUUGACCCCCGGGAAGUGAACGUGGACCCAUCAAAGUUCCGCAUUGGCGGCUUCACUGGCGAGCCGAACAGCCAGCAGGGCGAAGUUGCGUUGGGGGACGUGGAUCUGAAUGACAAUGAGAUGAGUUCGAAUGAGAAGCGUAAAGAAGGAGGAAAGGGAGGGCCUUCGACCCCACCAUCGACGGCGGCCUCGACGGCGGAUGAAAAGACGGAGCAGGAACAGGCGAGGGAGCAACGCGAGCAAACGUUCAUGGCGAAGUUGCACAGUGGCGCGUUGGGACUGCCUAAGAUUGAAGACCAGCGACCGGGCAAGAGAUUCACGCUGCCUGUGGAGAAGCCCAAGUUGCUGUAGGAUAAUAGGAAGCGGUGGUGGAAGAGACGAAACCUUUAUUGUCGUUGAUGGUCAUCAUUACUGCUAUCGAUAUAGUAGGACCUUGUACUUUAUAUGUGCAUAGCUGAGAACAUAAACACAGUUUGUGUGCUUUUUUCUUUCUCUC